AACUAAUGAGAGAUUAAAGUGGAAUUAGAGCUGCUGCGAACAACUAGUGCAGCCAGAACGAUCAAUCAAUGCCUUAAUUAAUUAUUAUAAUCCUGUCAAAGUACUCAUAUCAUAGCGAACAAAAGAAAUGCAACGAAACCGGCAAAUGAGUGGGAAAAACCGGUGCCCAAAUUCUAACGCUGCGCUGCCGACAUUGCUGCUGCAACUGUUUUUGGUGUCUCUCUCUUUGGUCAACUGUUUUGCCAAUUUAAUUCCGACUGGCUCUCAGCAGUUUUAUCAGCUUUCCAGCGAGGUCAGCCUGGAAGCGGAGCAAGUGAGCUACACAUUCGAGACGCAGCUGAGCAUUAAUUCCGUCUGGAACAAUGAGCAGGAUCAGCUGUUGGAAAUCAAAUUGAGUGAAAGUCACGUAAAUGCGCAGCAGCGACUGCGUCCAAUACUCAGCCUGCCGGAUCGGCCCUUCUAUGUGGCGCUGGUCACAGGUCAGCCCAAGCAGGUGAUCGCGCACACGUCGCGAGAUCAGUCGCUGCUGAAUCUGGAACGCGGCAUCGCCUCGCUCUUUCAGCUGCGCCGUGACAGCAGUGACGCGAAAGAGACCGAGCUGGACAUCUCGGGGCAUUGUCGCGUGGAAUACAAAGUGAAAUCCUCGACGCGCUGGGAGAAGACGAAGCGAGAUUGCGCGCUAUGGGACUUACGAGUCAACUACCAUCCGGAGCAGGCACUGGGCGUGGCCCAGCACUCCGAGCAGCAGCUCAGCUACGAUCUAAGCGCCGAGGGUCUCCUGCUGAGGGCCGAGUCUGUGGAGACGCAUCGCCUGACGCUCGCUGCCAAGCCGGAUGCCGGGAGCGUGGUGCAUAGCAAACUCCGACUGCAGCACCUAGCCGAGGGCGAGGGAGUGGAGCAACUACAGCAGCCAACGCUGGCAGCGGCCAUUGAGAGUCUCCUGGAAUGGUAUCGCGUCUUCGAGCUGGAGGCAGACGUGGAUGGCGAAAUCAGCAAGUUGAAGGAGCAGACGCUUCAAUCACAAGUGGAGCUCAUGCUGGAGCAACUGAAGCCGGAGCAUUUGGGCAAAUCCUCGUUAGCCUCGACCUUCGUUCAGCUGUUGCCCUUGGCGCGUCUCACCAAGCAGCCGGAGUUCGAGUCGCUGCUGGAGUCGCAGUCGCCGUUGGCAGCGCAGCUGGUGGAUCUGCUGGGCGCCGUGCAAACCUUCGAGGCGCACAACGCCAGCUUCAGUCAUUUCUAUCGAGGAGCGGGUACUACGGCGGAGUCCUUGGAGCUGCUGGAAAAGUAUUUGCAAUCCUUGGCCGUGGCCACGCACCCGGAACGUCGCAUCCUGGAGCAUCUCUACGACUUCCUGCAGCAGAAGCUGCCCCACAAAUCCCAUCUCAAACUGCGGGACAGCGUGCUCCAAACGCUGGCCACGCUCACUCGCCAGAGCGGCCUCGACGCCAAUGACCAGCUGCUGCAGCAGAUCCGCAACUACCUCCUGGAGGGAUUGGCUUCCACCCACAAUACUCUGCUCUAUACGCGCGCCUUGCAGAACCUACGCGAUCCGCUGACUAUCGAUCCACUGCUCCAGCAGGCACUGCAGUCGCAGCAGCCCCAGCACUCGGUUGCCGCUCUCCAGGCCCUCAAAUCAUUUCCAGCCUUCAGCUACGCGGAGCCACAUCGUCAGCAGUUCUCGAGCAUUUUCUAUCAGCGCCAGCGACGCUACGACAGCUCCGCUCGCACUCUGGCCCUGGACAUCCUGCUGGCCAUGCGACCCAGCGCCGAACAGUUAGGCGAACUGCUCGACUAUUUGGCUUCCACGGAUCGCCAAUUCGAGAUCAAGACCUAUGUCCUGCAGAAGCUGCGCAUGCUGGCCGAGAUCUGUCCACGCUUCCGGUCCAUGUUCCAGACGGCGCUCAGGCAGCGAGCUCAUGUCAACAACUACAAUGUGCUGGCCCAACGAGGCCUCACCACCGUCUUGAGCCGCCAGCUCUCCACAUCGCCCGCCUUCAAUGAAACCCUGCUGAGCAUCCAGGAGGUGUCCCAAGGCAUCUUGAAGCGCGGCUCCGUGGAGUUCCUGCUGCACGCCGGACGCGCCGAGGCGAGCAGCUUCAAGCUGGGCAUUUACACGGCUGGGCUGAGCUCCUUCAUGGGUGACAGCGAUGCGGACGAGGGUAACGAUCAGAUACCGGCCGACGACGAGCUGGAGCAGGAGGAGACCAUGACGGCGGGCAUGGAGAUCAGUGUACAGGGAGCCCAGCUGCGUCCGCUGGUCUUCUUCAAUGGCCAGACGGAGCUGAUGGGUCAUGUGUGGGGCGGCAGCGCCUCGGACACGACGCCAGCCUAUCAGGCCACCACAUUGGCCCAGGAUCACGAGCAGUAUAUUAUCCUGGCAUCGGGCGCCACUGUCCAUUGGCGUGUGCUCGGCGCUCGAAGUGUCGAUCUCAAUGGCAAAGUCACCUUCAGUCUGUGGAAUCGCAAUGCCCAAACGGAAAUACAACAAAACACUGGCACCGCUGUCGUUUCCCACCUGGCCGUCGGCUUCACCUAUGCCAAGCUGGAGCAGCAAAUUGAGCUGCGCCACGAGCCGAAGCUUAGUUUGCAGGCGGAUCUGGAUUUCUACAGCAACAUCAAGCUCUGCAUGCAGCUGGAGCGUGCCGAACAACUGCUCACUCUUUCCAAUACUCGCUCGGUUUAUCUGCAAUUGGUGGACAAACCCUAUGCCAAGCAUUUCCGCUCAACGCAAACUAUAAAGUCACCUGGUCGCACUUUUGUCCUGAAUCAGAAGAACAACGAGAUGUGCAACAUGAUAUUAGCAAAUUCCUGAGAUUAAAAUUGCAUUUAUAUCUGAAUACCAAAUUUAUACUAUGUAAAAAAGCUGAGAAUAA